GGUGGAUGAAGCAGAAAAAUAACUGGUUGGUGAUAUUAUUUUAAGGCAGAGCUGAUACCAACAAGGGGCUUUAGAGAACACAUCAUAUCUGUGAGGAUGAAGACUUUGAGUGCUGCUCUUGUUUUGCUGAGUCUCAUAUCAGUAAGCCAGCCUGCAUCGCUGGCCUGUGAGAAGCUGUUAAAGCCAGUCGACCAACGUCCAGAUCUGCCUGGGAGGUGGUACUUUAUAGCUGUGUCCACAGAGUUUUGCCUGUCUUCAGCAUUAGUCAGUGCUUUAUUUUCCCCAAGUGGCGCAGUGGAUAUAAUUUCUAAGGGCGCACCAAACCUCUAUGGUGAUACUACUUAUUUGAAAGCGAAUGGAGUUUGUAUCAACGGAACCACAACAUUUCUCUAUGCAAACAGCAGCCUAUUUGAACUCGACAGUGAAAAUGCCACAGUUGGUCAACCAGGCGUGCUGCUGCAAACUGGCUGUCCUGACUGCCUCGUCUCUAAAGAGGAUAAAAGUCAUCUUUUGCUCUUAAGUAGACGAACAGCUGUUUCUGCUGCUGAGCUGACGGAGUUUGAGACACAGGCAGAGUGUCUGGGAUGGUCUAAACCCCAACUCCUCAACACUGAUCAUGACUAUGAAAAGUGUGUGCAAUUUGACGAAGAUAUGGAUGAGGAUAAAUUAAGCGAAGUGCUUCAGAGUUUCUUUCAGAAGACGCUUGAAAGGAUGAAAACCACAUAUCACUUGUUAACCAAAUGCAUGACAGAGGGUUUUAUUUCAUAUCUCCCCUCUUUGUUUUAAGAACUAAAUGUCCAGUGCUUGCUGAACUUUAUUUUCAUAUCUAAAAUGUGACUUUUAAUCUAUAUAUGAAUGCCUCUUUUAAUUACUGAAUUGAGCUUUUUUUUUUUCUUCAUUUAGAAGUGCAAGUUU